AUGGCAUCAAUAGCAAAACGUGCUCAGGAGAUUUGGCCUGAUCUUCCCAAAACUCCCAUUACGCUGGACGAUUCCACUCGGGAGCUUUACAACCGGGCUAUUAAUGAACCAACAUCCCUGACUGAUGAAGAACGAAGAGUUAUCACCCGCCGCCCGACAGGCCCUGAAGAAGACCAGCUAUGUCGAGAUGCCUGCGGAAUGACGUUCUCGGAAUUGGCCAGAAAAUGUAUCGACCAAAAAGACAAGGUUCGAUACCAGGAAGCAAAAAUACUGUUGACAGGGCCCGCUGUUUCGCAGACUGCACAUGAACUAAAUUUCUCAGCACGCCUAGGUAAGGCCGACCGCGAACUAUGGAGAAAUGCAUACAACGCUGCUUGGAGUGAAGAUAUGAAAACUGCCCGAGCCAAUGCUCAGGCGAUUACGGAACCAGUCAGAGCCGAUUACUAUGCAGCAAGAGAAUCCCACAAUUCUGACGAUUGGAGGAACAUUUCAUACGCGAUGAAAAUACCAUGGCAAGAAUACGUGAUCAGUGACCCCGCAAAUACAGUCUUUGGAUUUGUUUUCUUUGUCCCGAAUGCCAUCGGAAGCCAAUGGCCACUAUUCAAAGAGCAAAUUGAAACCGCUACUCGCCAUGGCUUGAACUGUCAUCUCCCACCAAUUAGAAAAGAAGAUCUUCCCAAAUUCACCCUUCAUUGGAUAGAGGAAGAUGUCGCAGAUAUGGAGAACACCUUCGUCUCUAAAAGAGGAAACGGAGAACUCCCAAAAGGUCUGCGCAUGGACUGCUUUCUAUAUGUUGACGAAGAGUCGCUGCGGUCGCAUAGCGUGGAGAGACCAUUCAUUUGGCUAUGGGAACCAGAAAACGCUAUUAGUAAAGAGUUGGGACCUCUUAAGGUAGAUAUCAAGCACAUUGUGCCGUUGCUUUUCGCCCGCCUCACACAAAGAGAUCUGCCGGAAGAGCAGAGACGCAAACCCUACCGAAAACCAUCUGAUUUUGCAACGCUUCAUCAGAUUGCUCAGUACAAGGAUCCUACAAACCAAAGGAUAGAUGGAAUCUGGCCUGCACCCGCUAGAAUUAUGUGA